AUCAAAAUUAUCUAUUGCUAGAAUUAGAAAUUUUCAUAUAGUUAAGUGGCAUCCAGAUAAGAGCACUUUUAUAGUAGUUUUCAAAUAUUGAUAUAAUAAUUAUAACAAAUGUUUAUUUUUGUUUAUAAAUUUAGAAAUAAUUCACUAAGCUAUUUCAGUAGACAAUUGGGUUUUAAGAACGACAGACAUUGUUAUAGUUAGAGCGAAAUGUUUAAAGUGCAAAAUUUUAAACUGUUGCAACAACAACAUUUAGUUACCCUUCAAAAAAUUCGCCUACAAUCGACCGCUACCGCGGAAACUUUAUCAAAUAAAGAAUGGGAAAAUGCAAAACCAUACGAAGAAAUUCCCUCGAUUAGUACUUUCGGUUUUAUCAAGAAUUUCUUACCCGGUGGGAAAUAUGCAAAAUUGGAUUUUUCACAAUUAAUGCUUGCCUUCAAAGAGGAUUAUGGUAAUGUAGCACGUUUACCGGGUUUCUUUGGACGUCCAGAAUUCGUUAUAACUCACAAUGUGGAAGAUUUUGAAAAAGUUUUACGCAAUGAGGGCAUAUGGCCAGAAAGAGCGGGUUCAGAAGCCUUACACUAUCAUCGUCAUGUUCAUCGUGCUGAAUUUUUUCAGGGUGUUGAGGGUCUAAUAUCGACACAAGGUAAAUCUUGGGGUACCUUUCGUUCGGCGGUAAAUCCCGUAAUGAUGCAGCCAAAAAAUGUUCGUUUGUAUUUGCAAAAAAUGUCGCAAGUCAAUAAGGAAUUUAUUGAAAGAAUACGUCAAAUACGAGAUCAACAAACCCUAGAAGUUCCUGAUAAUUUCGAAGAGGAAAUAAAUCGUUUCACACUGGAAUCUAUUUCGGUGGUUGCGCUUGACAAACAAUUAGGGUUGAUCACAACAAAACGUGACAAUCCCCAAGCCAUGGAACUGUUUAGUGCUUUAACCGGUUUCUUUAUGUAUUCAGUGGAUGUUGAAUUUAAGCCAUCUAUAUGGAAAUACUAUAAGACGCCUACAUUUAUGAAACUAAUGAAGAGUUUAGAUACAAUAGUUGAUGUCACUAGUUCAUACGUUAAUGAGGCCAUUGAACGGUUAGAGCAAGAGCGUAAGAAUGGAGUGCCCGAAAAACCUGACAACGAGAAGAGUGUAUUGGAGAAAUUAAUUAAACUUGAUAAGAAGAUUGCCACGGUAAUGGCUAUGGACAUGUUAAUGGCGGGUGUGGAUACGACUACCUCCUCAUUUGCUGCUCUAAUGUUGUGUCUGGCUAAAAAUCCCGAGCAACAAGAAAAACUACGACAAGAAGUUCUAAAAAUCUUACCCCAAAAGGAUUCGGAAUUCGAUGAAAAUUCUCUGAAAAACAUUCCCUAUUUGAGAGCCUGUAUUAAAGAAUCUCAACGUCUGUAUCCCCUGACGGUGGGAAAUGCUCGAGCUCCUGUAAAAGAUGUGGUACUAAGUGGCUACCGAGUGCCUAAAGGUACACAAGUUUCCAUAUGUUCUCUCUCUUUAAUGCGUGAUGCUAAACAUUAUGCUCGACCAAAUGAAUUUAUACCCGAAAGAUGGCUAAGAUCCAAACCCGAAACAGAAAGUGCUACUGAAUGUCCAAAUGCCGCUCUCAAACCCACCUCUCCCUUCCUACACUUGCCAUUUGGUUUCGGGGCACGCAGUUGUAUUGGUCGCCGUAUUGUUGAAAUGGAAUUAGAAUUGGUCACUGCUCGUCUUGUGCGCAAUUAUCAGCUUGAGUUUAAUUAUCCAACAGAAAACGCCUUCAAAAGUCUGGCAAUUAGUGUACCUAAUAUACCCUUGAAGUUUAAGUUUACCGAUGUAAAUUAUUAAGAACAAUUAGAAAACAAUACGCCCCAGUGAUAUGUUGAUCUUAAGUAUUAAAUAAUACUCCCUUUAUUAUAAAAUGCAA